AUGGCUGCGCUUUCGAAUUCCAUUCCCCAUCCCACCUCUCCGCGCCUUGCCGAAUCGUCGCCCUCCGUCUCCCCUUUGACUCUCCCUCGCGGAGACAGCUUUCCCAAUCUCCAUUCUCAGCGUCUUGACCGCAUUGUCGAGCACGAGGUGGCAGACCAUGGCCGCACUCAGUUUCGUGAUCGAACUGCUUCUCUCACCAGCAUCUCCUUCAAGGGCCCCUUCCCAACUGAGUCGUCCAAAGCCAAGGGCAAAUCUCGUUCUUCGAGCCUGAGAGGCGCAUCCCCGCCGCCGCCGUCGUUCCAGCAUCAUGUAUCCUUCGACAACUUCGCGGCCGCAGAACCGACAGUAAACAACACCAUUUCGUUUACUCUAAAUGUCAAGCAUACGGGAUAUCAAUUCAAGAGACGCUCGCGCACGUUCAUGGUCGGCAUAGAUGAGAAUGAUUACUCGAAUAUUGCGUUACAAUGGAUGCUGGAAGAAUUGGUGGACGAUGGGGAUGAGAUUGUUUGUCUCAGAGUUGUGGAUAAAGGCUCAAAGAUCAUCAGCAAUAGCAAUUUGGAGGUGAAGAGAUACCAGGAAGAGGCAAAGGAAAUGAUGAACCGGAUUCAGUCGAAGAAUGACGAUAAUAGAGCCAUUAGCAUUGUUCUGGAAUUUGCAUUUGGGAAGCUAUCUUCUACGUUCUUGCAAAUGAUCCAAAUCUAUGAACCGGCUAUGCUGAUUGUUGGAACUCGAGGUCGAAGCUUGGGAGGAGUACAAGGACUAGUCAGCCAGCGAAAUUCCUUCUCGAAAUGGUGUCUACAAUACUCGCCAAUUCCAGUUGUAGUAGUACGACCUACCGAGAAGAGAAUCAAGAAGAAAAACAAGCGAGGGGCAGAUCCAACACGGCAAGACUAUGCUCGAAUCUUGAGGGAAAGCGGGAUCGAGGAGCACGAGACAAACGUCGGUGCGAACCAUAUUGAUUUCGAAACCUCAAACAGCCCAGAUGGAGAAGCCCAUGCAGUAGCAGCAGCUCUCGGCUUACCCGCCGCUUUUGACCCUACACUGAAGCCGAUAAACCUCCCCGGCAGCCAUACCUUGAAGAAAGUCGACUCGGGAAACAGCGAAGUAACGAGUAUUUCCAAAAGCAGCAUUUCUCCCGACUCUCGCCCCAACAGCCCAUCCAUUGUCAUGAAACGCGCAAAAUCCCAGCUCGACAGUCCCGGCGCAUCAGGCGACGAAUCUAGCGAUGAUGACGAAGAGGGGGAAUUCGAAGUCACACCUGGUCUUGCACUGUUAGAUCAAGACGAAGGUCCGCGUCCGGAAAUCCAGAAGAAGAUGAAGCUGCAUGAGAUGGAGGUCGGUGAGGCGCAGGCUCUGCAGGGUAGGAAGAGUAGUAUAGGGAGUGUGGAUAGUUUAGCUUCGGGGAGGGGGCGCGUGCCUGAUAUCGAGGAUGAGGAUGAGGGUUAG